GACAUGAUUGGCGUGGCCAAGACGGGCUCUGGCAAGACGCUGGCGUUCGUGCUGCCAAUGAUGCGGCACAUAGCCGACCAGCCGGAGCUGCUGGACACGGACGGGCCUAUCGCCAUCAUCAUGGCGCCGACCCGGGAGCUGUGCCUGCAGAUCGGAAAGGAGUGUCGCAAGUUCGCCCGGCCGCUCGGCAUCCGCGCCGUCUGCGUGUACGGCGGCACCGGCAUCAGCGAGCAGAUCGCCGAACUGAAGCGCGGCGCCGAGAUCAUCGUGUGCACGCCCGGGCGGAUGAUCGACAUGCUGGCGGCCAACUCGGGCCGCGUCACCAACCUCGUCCGCGUCACCUACAUCGUGCUGGACGAGGCCGACCGCAUGUUCGACAUGGGCUUUCGAGCCGCAGGUGGGCGGGCGGAAGGCGCGGGGUGA